AUGGCGUCUCCGACCGGACCGUCGCUGACGCUGUCAGACUACCUCGAGAAGCAGCCGGGCACGAGCUUCCGGCGGCUCUACCAGCAACCGUCGACGACGCUGGCGAUCUUCCGCCGGAUGCUGCCGUCGCUGGCCAAGAGCUUUGUACGCAUGCUGCUCUACAUGGACGGGCCGCUGCUGCUGGACACGCUGGACACGAUGGUGGUGCCAGAGGCCAAGCGCGAGCGCGACCAGGCGCUAUCGAUCCUGCGGGCGCUGCACAUUGUGCAGAUCACGACGGCGAUGCGCGACCGGCCGCAGGAGAUCAUGCUGACGGCCAACUUCAAGAACUCGUUCCGGCUCGCGCUCGAGGGCGGCGGGAGCCAGAACAGCUUUGGCGUACCGAGCGAGAAGCCGGUGUCGGCCGAGACGGACACCGCCUUUCUCGACCGGUUCGCACGCCGCAAGUGGGAGGACAUCUUGCACUACGUCGUCAACAGCGUCGGGCUGCCGUCGGGGCCGGGCCACGACUCACAGGGGCCCAAGAACACGGUCAAGGAGCUUCUGCUGGCCGGCCAUCUCGUCGAGUCGCGGCCGGGACGGCCAGGCGGUGUCGGCAUCACACAGACCGGCUUCACGUUCUUGCUGCAGGCGGCCAACGCCCAGGUCUGGACGCUGCUGCUGCAGUGGCUCGAGGCCGUCGACCAGCAGCGCCAGGCCGGCGGUGCCGUCGACAGCGUCGACAUGCUCAGCUUUCUCUUCAUGCUCUCGACGCUGGAACUGGGUCGCGCCUACGACACCAACGCGCUGACGGAGGCCCGUCGCAACAUGCUGCCGUCGCUCAUGGACUUUGGCCUUAUCUACAUCCCCCCACACGACCGCGCCUCUCAGUAUUUUCCGACCCGGCUAGCCACCACGCUGACCAGCAGCGGUGCCGCCGCUCUGCGCAGCCUCAGUACCGGCUUUGCGGCUGCCAGCGCCAACAGCACGGCUGCGGCUGGGCUGCCCGGCACCGGCACCGGCUCCAACAACAACCAUGUCGGGGCGGCGUCGACGGCCAAUAGCGCGGCCACCACCGAGGGCCGCGGCAGCGUCAUCCUCGAGACGAAUUUCCGGCUGUACGCGUACACGGCGUCGCCACUGCAGAUUGCCGUGCUGGCAUUGUUUUCGAAGCUGAGUCAGCGGUUUCCCGGCAUGGUGGCCGGCAAGCUGACACGUGACUCCGUGCGGCGGGCGAUCUCGUACGGCAUCACGUCGGACCAGAUCAUCAGCUACCUGGCGGCCAACGCGCACGAGCAGAUGCACAAGUACGCGGCAGCCAACCACCGGCCGGUGCUGCCGCCGACGGUCGUGGACCAGAUCCGGUUGUGGGAGCUUGAGAACGAGCGGAUGAAGUCGCACAAGGGCUUCCUCUUCAAGGACUUUGACUCGGCCAAGGAGUACGACAUGCUGGCCCAGUACGCCGACGAGAUCGGCGUGCUCGUCUACCGCAACGACAAGAAGCGCCACUUUUUCGUCACCAAGCACGAGCAGCUGGUGACGUACCUAAAGGCCCGCAAGAAGGCCGACCAGGCUUAG